UCAGUUCUGAGUACAACUCGAUGACUUGUCCGGUGAAUUUAUCUAACAAUUUAACAUGACCAGUCGACGAAGACUCAAGCAGUCACUAGAUGAUAACAAGCACUACUCAUUUUCGGUGAGUACUGCCAUCAUUUAGUAGGCUGUGUCGAAACAAACGCCGAGAGAUAAACAAUUCGCGAUCAUUGCAUUCGUGAAGUGGAGCUGUGAAACAUGGAAGAGAAAUUCGCGCAGAUCGCGCAGAAGUUCGCCUCCCUGCGCCCUUUUGUCACCCUCAACGAUGUGGACCUCGUGUUCGUGCGUAAUUGGCUUUUGGAGCUGGACGAACUGGAUUACAACGUGCAUCUGAUCGGCACAGAGAGCCGUGCAAAGCUUUUGGUUAAUCAGCUAUGUAGCAUCAUCCCAAUUGACGAUGGAGGCCUCAUCGAGGGCACUGCCGUGAUGAUAAUACGACUAGUGCGUAAACAGAGUCUUAGACUGGAAGGGCGCACUUUGAUGCUGGCAAUCGAGUGGUGUUUGAGUGCUCUUAACUAUGGUACCACUGAUGACACUUGGAUGGUACCAUAUGCAAGAGUUCUACAGGCAAUAGACGCUGUGGUGCGUGGUAAUCCACAUGUAGAUAAUCAACGCUCAGCGAUUUUCGCAUUAAUCCAGCGUUUUCCGCAUAUUUUGGUUUAUUGCGACUGCGUUGACGAAUUACAUCGUCAUACACUAGAAGUACCUUUAGUACGUGCAAUGCAAGCUAUCCUAGACAUCAAAUGCGAUAAAUCCGACGAUAUUCCACAACCUCUACUGGAUUGUCUGGUUCCUUUCUUUGUAACACGUUUAGCAGGGCAUAGCACCGCGUCUGGACCACCAUUACCUGAAGGAUUCGAACCUCUAGCACCGCUGGAUUACAUCGAGGAUGAUUACUCGCAUGUAACACUCCUGCGGUAUUCACUCGCUGGUGUGCGGCGUUUGUUAGAAACCCGUACAUCGCCAUUACCACCAAAUGCGCUCACACGUAUGCUACUAGGCGUUUGUCGCACGUAUAUGACCUAUGAAUUAAAUGGUGUGCCAUUCCUACCACCCGGGGAAUUACACCCGAUUGCAUUCUCACCAGCUGAGCCAGAAGCGCGUGUUCCACCCGCGCCUGUUGCUGCAAAUCGCAUGCCGCGGCAGAGAAGACGUCGGCAUGUUUCGCGUUUACCGCAAGCGGAUAUAACUCCGCGCGAUCGUCGCUUUGAUCCAGAGUUGGCCCAACGCGACGCUAACAUGUUAUGCAUGACUGCUACAUUCGGACAUAGUCCUCCCUACGGUCCAUCUAGCACCUCGUACAAUCCGUACAUUCAUCCACCUGAAACUGAUGCCAGGCCUGAACCUUUGUAUGAUUUUGAUUCUCUACGGUCUAAAACUGUAUUGUAUCAGAGUUAUGUUCGCCUGGAAGCGCUGCAUCUGCUACAAGUCAUCUUAAAUAAUAUAGAUAAACAAGUGCUGUGUGAGCACUUCAUCUCCUUCAUGCAGACAAAAUCCGUCAGCACAACCACACUGACCGUCCCACCUUCAGGAAACAAUCUACUCACUUGCAUGUUGAAGGAUCCAUCGACAAGUUGUCGCCUUGCCGCGCAUUUAUGUCUACAGACAAUGCUCACAGAGGGUAAAGCUAUGCUGCUCUUCGCUGAUCAUCGCCCUGUGCCUGGACAAGUUUCUUUCAUCCCGCGGUGCUACACCAUGGCGAAUAUUGUCACUCAACUACAUCAUUGUUUAUGCCUGGGUAUGAAUGAACCUUCUUAUACUAUCCUAACACAAUUACUCAAGACAACCGCGCUGGUUGUACGCGCCACGUAUUACGAAUGGCUCGGAUCUGGUCUCUGCGCUAAAGUUGUCCGUAAUGUCAAACAACUAGUAGAUCACAACGAUAUCAGCGUACAAGUUGGAGCUCUGACUGUAAUUGGUUGCCUACUUUCGCACAACACCAUCCAGGAGAUUGAAGACGCAUUCGUGGAUUCCAACGAAGGCGGUGAUGGAGCCUGCGCAAUGCAUGAUGAACGCGGGAUGAAUGUCAUGGAAGGCGGAGCGGAAGCAUACGCUGUGUUUGAGCAGACAAGAGAUCAUCAUCCGGCGGUAGGUGUGCGUCCAUGGUUAAUAGAUCAAUGCUUCUAUAAUCUACGUGGUGAGAACAAUGUCCCCGCGCCGGUGAAGAUUGAAUCUUUACAGAUAAUCGGUGCCAUGUGCGAGCGGUACUUUACUAGUCUGAUCAUGCCAUUUAUCCAGUCUGUAAGUAGAGCAUUACUAGCUGCGUUUGUUGACCAGGACAAUUUGGAUGUGUUGCAUCACGCUAUCAAAGCAAUGCAACAGUUUGGAGAUGCUAUGAAUACUCAUUACCAGCUUCGGGGGUGUCUGGAUCAAAGUUUAACCAUUUGGCAGAAGUUGUUGGAAGGACCAGUUGCUGAUUUUACUUCCAGUGAACAUUUGCUACUCCGUGCUGGUGCUGCUGAUUGUAUUGGUGCUGUUGGUGACCAUACCUUUGAGUUACUACCGACGAAUUUACAAUUGGUGUGCCUUACUGUUCUGCUUUCCCUUGCGGCUGAUCCUGAUACAACUGUGCGUUCAGCAGCGGUGCGAGCAAUUGGUAUCUUGCUCCUGUACAACACGGUACGUACCUUCAAUGGAUACAUGCUCGAUGCUUCGGAUGUCAUUGUACGUGCUAUGAAGGACACCAGUGUUUUGGUACGUGUGCGUGCAUCCUGGUUGGGAAAUCUAUCCGAUGCUAUGCUUCAGCAGAACAUGCAGGAGCGCAAUUUAGACGAAGACGGUUUUACAGCACCUGUAUUGCUUGAUCCUGUAAUCAACGUCGCGAUUUCCGGCAGUCAGGAUCAAGAUAAAGUCCGGUGUAAUGCAGUCCGGGCACUUGGUAACCUCCUGCAGUUGUUAUACGAUGCCAAUGUGGAUGAUCAGCAGCGGAAUCAGUUGUAUGAGGGUGUAGAUGCACUGUUGAAGUGCGCACGCUCCGCUGGGUUGAUGAAAGCGCGCUGGAAUGCCUGCUAUGCGCUGGGCAACGUGCUGAAGAUUCCAGCGGUGUACCAAACCAAUCCUGCGCUAGGCGUGCGUCUCUCCAUGCGUAUAUUUUUCGUCCUGGGAUGUAUACUCACUGAUUGUACUAAUAUCAAGGUGCGGAUCAAUGCCGCCAUGGCGGUGACUUCAUGUACUACUCGAGUUGGCUUCGGUGAUAACUUUUUACCUCUCUGGCGGUCACUGGUCAACGGAUUGGUAACUGUCGAGAACAUUUCCGAUGUGAAUGAGUAUAAACAUCGCGACAAACUUGCGAUUCAGACGUGUGUUACCCUCGGGCAUAUGACACGAUUGGUAGUAGUGGAUGAUUUGCAGUUACUGGCUGAUGUGGUGACCGAUGGCGCCGAUGAUCUGAUUUCCAGGCAAGUCCAGCGUGUUUACGAUCGUUUACCGCCGGAGAAUCAAACAGCGUUAAUCGAAGCUGAUGCUCGUUUGACUGCAUUAGCUGGGUACCAGCUUACUGAACAAGCACUGAGUGCUCUGCGUGUUUUGCAGCCGAUUUUUGCCCGUGGACCGGAGAUUUGAAUUGUUUUGACUAAUUUGAGUUCUGUAUCAUGUUUAUAGUUAAAUAUUAAUAAAGUUUACAAAAGUACGUGUCAACAGGAGGCUGUGCAAAUACAAAACAAACAAAUUUGAGAAACA